AUGGUGUACACUCUGGUCGUGCACUUCCGAGUGAAGGACCAAGCCGCCAUCUCGAAAGUCAAGGACAAGCUCACCGAAGCGUCGCAGGUGUACAGUCGGGACAAGGAGACGGUGUCAUGGUUCAUCAUGCAGAGUGUCUAUGAUAAAAAGGAUUUUACCACUGCUGGAUGGCGAUAUGGACCUGAGGCGGUAUGA